CAAAGGAUCCGGGGGUUGGGCCCAAUACAAUAUAGUGGAUUUGGUACAUCCCUAAUUAAAUAUGUAAAUUGGGCCUUUCAGCUGGAGAAGCAAACGCAGCCGCGAGACAGGGAGCCACGCCUCUAUUCCUGGGGGCGGAGCAGCGGUGUAUAGAGUGAGGUGCCACGCCCCCUGCUGGAAGGACACGCCCAGUGCAGCUCUUUCUUCCCAUAGAAAUACAUUGGUGAUUAUAAUGUGUCUGCCAGACAAGGGGCGGAUACAUUGGGCUUCAUCUCCUGCCUGUGCUGGUGAGUCUGACCUCUGGGGGUGCUAUUACUUUUACACUCAUAGUAUUACUUCCCUGCUGGGGACACUUGCUUGGGGUUCAUACCAUGUAUUGCCCCCCGCUCACCGCCCACAGAUUGGCAGCUUCUCGGUGGAGAGGAAGAAUAAGGUGGCGCACACCAGGAAGUGGCACACUGAGUCCCCCAACUUUUUCCUCCCCAACCAGAUGCACAAGCGCAACAUGGAGCGACUCAAGCUGAUCCGGGGGGAGAGUUGGAGGGAGGAGGAUGAGGAGAUGGAGGGGCGGCUCUACACCGAUGCCCACGAAUGGGUCCCCCUCCUGUCCCAGUCUCUCGACAAAAACAACAACUUCUUCUUCUUUUGGGAAUGCUCCGCCUCCCUGGAUGUCCAUGUGUUCAGCCACUUGGCCCCUAUACUGAAUGCCAAACUGCCCAACAAUAAACUGCACCUGAGCUCUCUGCCCAACCUGUACCUGUUCUGCAGCUCCAUCAUCACAGUCUACUUCCCCUGGGCACUUGCCCCCGGCUCUAAAUCUGCCCCUGGGAGAAACCACCUACAUUCCACUUGUAGCGCUAAUAUUGGGGCAAUUUCACUGGUGGCAGUUACAUGGGGUUCAAUUAACCCUCUCACCCAUCAACUGAAUCCAAUGCAGCUUUAGAGGAACUGCUCCUAGGUUGUCCCUAUCUAGUUUUGGUGCCCGUUCU